AUGAAAGAUAGGGUUAGAUAUGACAAAGUGAGAAGAAUAGUUGAAGAGGCAGAGAAAUCAGGUGUGUCUUCAUCUCUAAAAAAUUCCACAAUCAGCACAAAGCCUAAAGCAAUUAUUGUUAAAGCUAAUCCUAUAGCAAGUGCUUUUAACGUAAUGGAAAGGGAUAUAAUGGACUUAAAAGUGAUGAGAGUGCUAUGUGCUAAUGGAAUUCCUUUUAAUGUUCUACAAAAUCCUCAAUUUUGUGAGAUGGUUAUAGCAAUUAACAAUGCCCCUAAAGGAUAUAAAGCUCCCUCUUAUGCAAAGGCAAGAAUUAUAUUACUAGAUGAAUGUAAAAUAGAUGUUGAGAAACACUUGGCUCUGGUCAAGGAUACUUGUCGAGAAGCUAUGUUCAUGUACGCUGAUGACUUUUCAGGCAUAGAAAAAAUAGGUAAUGCUAUAGUAGAAUACUUACUCAAGGCUAUUGAAGAAGUAGGGCUUUUUAAUGUUCUUCAGGUUAUUACUAAUAAUGCAUCAAAUUGCAAAGCUGCAAGAAAAGAGAUAGAGAAGGUAUAUAAACACAUUUUUUGGUCUCCUUAUGUUGUUCAUACUCUCAACCUGAUUUUCAAGGAUUUUGCUCAAAAGUUUGAUUGGUUGAAUAAUACUUAUAAAAGAGGGAAAUGCAUUGUGAAAUACAUUAUCAAUCACACACAAGCAUUAUCCAUCUUUAGAAUACAAUCAAAGUUAGAAUUGCUAAAAGUAGCAAAAACUAGAUUUGCUUCACAUUACAUCUUGUUGAAAAGGUUGUUAGUUUGUAUAAAGGCUCUUGCAACAACUAUUGUUCUUAAAUCAUGGAAGGAGUGGAUGAAAAAUGGGGAUAAGAAAAUGAGGACAAUGGGUGCAUUAGUUGUUGAAACAAUUAGUGAUGAUGAUUUUUGA